AUGUCUCGCCGCCGAUACCUACCCUCUGUGCUUUUCUUUCUCACAAUAUCCGCUACUCUGGCUGUCGCCCAUCCUCCAUUCAUCCCAACACCCUCCGACCCGGUAGGCUCGAGAUGGUGGCACUCUAAAAUAUCGGCACCUGCAUCAGCAGCGACGGCGACCGAGUCUGCACAGCUUGACUCGGGCAAUGCAGGGAUCGACUGGGCAUCGUCGCUGAAAACCCCAGCCGACUUGCCGACCAACUUCAACAAAAUUCGCAUCGCACACGCUGUGUUGGCGUCGAGUGCGUUUCUGGUCUUCUUCCCUCUCGGAGGCAUCCUGGUCCGCAUCGGCAACUAUCGAGCCCAAAUCGUCUGGAUUCACGCAGCGUUGCAGGGCUUUGCAUAUGUCGUCUUUGCGACUGCGGCCGGCUUGGGGAUAUGGAUGGCAAGAAGAACAGAUCAUUUGACAUCCUACCACCCCAUCAUCGGCCUAGUGCUGCUCUCCCUCCUCGGUCUACAACCUGUCUUCCAAGUCCUCAAUCACCGACUAUACCAUUGGUUCCCCCGGCUCAUCCACCUCGCCCACAUCCACCUAUGGCUAGGUCGGAUUUUGUUGACUGUCGGCAUCCUCAACGGCGACCUAGGCUUUCAAUUCGCCUCUCAUCGUCCACCACAGUGGUCCACGGCGCCCAAGAUUGUCUACGGUGUCAUCGCGACCUUGGUCUGGGUCGUUUAUGUGGCCGUCUUGGUCGUGUGGCGAGAGCUGGGGAAGGGUCCCAGACUUGCGCGCGGCAGUCAAAUUGAUGCUGCUGGGAAUUCAAGCCCUGUCAGGACUGGGACUGGUAGUGGCGCGGGAUUGGAGAUGGCAAGUGGGACCGUGACUGCUUCGGAGAAAGAAAAGCGAGGACGAGGACGACGACUCAAUGAUCAAGAAGAGGGGGAUGUGCCGCUGUUGCGCUCUGGCACGGGAAAACAAGUGGUUGGAAAUGGACAGGCGGGUACGAAAGAAAAGAGGACCAAGAACAGCAAGCAGAAAGAUGAGGUGAAGGAAGGGCUUUUUGACUACUAUUUGAUGAUGGAGAUCUCGGAACGACCAGUUUAA